AUGACGGAGUGAAAAUGGCGGAUCUUUCGAAAUCCUAUCCCGGCCCCUGACAUACCAGAGGCGGCAGCGCAGCCGCCCGGAGAGGCGCCCGCCGCCCCGCGCUGCCCUCGGGCGGGAAGCCCCCUCGCUCGCUCGCCCCCUCCCUCCCUCCCUCCCUCGCUCAGGCUGGAGCGGCUGAGGGCUCCUGGCCGCGGCCCGCCCGGGAGAGUGGGGCUUUUUCACCUCCCUCUUCCUGCUACAGAAUGAAAUGCUGCUCCAGGGGUAAGGACAAUGAAAAGGGGAGGAAAAACAACUCUGCAAAUGAAAGAUGGUGCCCUGCUAUAAUGCUCGUGGAGGUGAUCUGAUGUGAAACCGGGUUUAAAAGAAAUUCAGUGCCUCAUCUUUGGCUCUCUGUCAACAUUUUCAGUAUGGAGGUGGUGUCAGCAGAGGUGAACAGCUUGCUCCCAGAGGAGAUAAUGGACACCGGUGUAACGCUGGAGGACGAUGAGAACAUCGAGGCUGUUAUUGUGUCCUCUCCCAUGGGUGACUCCAUUCCCAUGGAAACGGAACUUGAAGAAGUGGCAAAUAUCAGCUCAGUGAGCGACCCUGCAACAACUGCCGCAUCAUCCGUCACCACAGAGACUGUCACGGUGCCCAGCAACUGCAUGAGCCUUGUCAUGGGCAAUACUGCCACAGCAAAAAUUGACACUGGCGCGGCUCUGCAAUCUUCUUUUCCAAGUGGCCUCCAAAAGCUAGGUGCUCAAACUCCUGUCACCAUAUCAGCCAAUCAGAUAAUUUUGAACAAGGCAACGGACCUGAAAAUUGGUAAUCAGACAAUAAAACAGGAAGGGCAGAAGCUCAUUGUAACAACUCUGGGGAAGCCUGGGCAACCCAUUGUCUUGGCACUGCCCCACAACCAGCUGCCCCAGACACAGAAAGUCACAUCACAGGUGCAAGCAAGUGACUCCAAAGUUCCCACCCAGCAGUUCAAAGUGGUGACUAUUGGAGGAAGGCCAGAGGUAAAGCCCGUCAUUGGUGUCUCGUCCUUGACUCCAGGAAGCCAGCUGGGAAAUAGCUCUGCCCAGUCGUCAGUGUUGCAGACCCAGCAGUUAAAGGCGGUGCAGAUUGCUAAGAAAACCAGAACACCAACCUCGGCACCGGUGAUCACAAAGUUGAUCUUCACAAAACCAAUCAACAGCAAAGCAGUUACAGGGCAGACAACUCAAGUGUCGCCAGUCAUUGCAGGUAGAGUUCUGUCCCAGACUAAUCCAGGAACACCUCCCAAAACUGUCACUAUCUCAGAAAGUGGAGUUAUUGGAGCGUCUACUAUACAGCAGACACCGAAUAAAAUAGCCAUCUCUCCUCUGAAGUCUCCUAACAAGCUAACAGUGGUGUCAGUCGCCUCACAGCCUCCAAAUUCCCCACAAAAAGCAGUAGGCGUUCCUCUAAAUGUAGCCUUGGGACAGCAGAUUCUCACAGUACAACAUUCAACACCCACUUCCCCGGGCAAGGCGGUAACUAACAAUACAACUGCUCAGGCUGUGAAAUCUGCAGUGCAGACCCUCACUGUUGGGGGAGUGAGUACAUCCCAGUUUAAAACCAUAAUUCCCUUGGCGACAGCAUCGAAUGUCCAGCAGAUUCAAGUACCUGGAAGCAAAUUCCAUUAUGUCCGACUUGUAACUGCCACAACAGCCAACAGCUCAGCACAGCCGGUCACUCAGAAUCCCAGCACCAGCACAGCACCCCUGCAGCAAGCUAAGCCAAUGGUGGUGAAUGCAACCCCCGUGCGGAUGUCUGUCCCAAUUGUACCAGCAGCACAGACUGUCAAACAAGUGGCACCCAAACCUGUUAACACAACUUCACAGAUAGUUACCACGAGCCAGCCACAGCAAAGACUUAUUAUGCCUGCCACACCACUGCCACAGAUCCAACCAAACCUUACCAACCUUCCGCCAGGCACUGUGCUGGCCCCAGCCCCUGGCACAGGGAACAUGGGAUAUGCAGUUCUUCCGGCUCAGUAUGUCACACAGUUACAGCAGUCCUCCUAUGUAUCCAUAGCAAGCAACACUGGUCUCAGUGGGACCUCUAGCAUUCAAACCCAAGCCCGACUGCCGUUCAACGGAAUAAUAUCCUCCGAGUCUGCAAAUCGUCCCCGAAAACCAUGCAAUUGUACAAAAUCCUUGUGCCUGAAGUUGUAUUGUGACUGCUUUGCCAAUGGCGAGUUCUGCAACAACUGCAACUGUACAAAUUGCUAUAAUAACCUGGACCAUGAAAAUGAUAGACAGAAAGCAAUCAAGGCCUGUCUUGACAGAAACCCUGAGGCCUUCAAGCCCAAAAUAGGGAAGGGAAAGGAAGGUGAGUCAGACAGGCGGCACAGCAAAGGUUGCAACUGCAAGCGGUCUGGAUGCCUCAAAAACUAUUGCGAAUGCUACGAGGCCAAGAUCAUGUGUUCCUCAAUCUGUAAAUGUGUCGGCUGCAAGAACUUUGAAGAAAGCCCAGAGCGGAAGACAUUAAUGCACUUGGCAGAUGCGGCUGAGGUGCGAGUCCAGCAGCAAACGGCUGCCAAGACAAAGCUGUCGUCACAGAUUUCAGACCUGCUAACGAGGCCGGCACCGGUGCUGUCCAGUGGCGGGGGAAGGUUGCCAUUCACCUUUGUAACGAAGGAGGUUGCUGACGCAAGCUGUGACUGCUUACUUGCACAAGCUGAGCAGGCGGAGAAAGCAGGGAAAUCGAAAGCAAUGGCGGAACGGAUGAUCCUGGAGGAAUUUGGACGUUGUCUGAUGAGAAUCAUUAAUGCGGCAGGAAAGUCUAAAAGUGACACUUGUGCCAUGAACUGCUGACUGUCUUGAAAACAAGCCGUCGUCUGAAUGGGACACUAAAAGGCACAGGGACACUUUCUGAUUUGCAGCAGCUGGUGAUAGUGAUAGUCUUUCACUCUUAUUCGGGUGCUGCUUAGUUUGCAUUGGCUUAUCUUAAUAUUGAACCAAGAGACUUAAUGAGUACCCUUUUAGCUUAACUUUCUUCUUUCUAGGAUGGCACCUGUUUUCUUCCCAACUUCUAAUCUUCGGAGAAUUGAGAUGGCCUUUUUCUUCUUUCUCUUUUAAGAAAAGUUCUUCAAGCAAUCUUUUAAAUUAUUAUUUGCAAUUUUAGAGUUGAAUUUGUAAUGGGGGAGGGGGGUAGACAAGACACCAGCCACAGUCUUAUCAGGAGCAUUUCCUGUGAAAGCCCCAGUGACAUGACUGGAUGUUCCUAACAAAAAAAAUAUUGUAGAGAUAUUUCUAAUAUAUUUUAUCAGUAUCACAGUGCAGCUUUAGCUUUGAAACAGAGUAAAUAACAGUACAUGGAUGGGUGAGCUAAUGCUGAAAGAAAUUUUUUUUUCCUAAAAGCAAAUCUUGAGGAUUAUCUUGCUGGUUGCUAUUCUGAUUUCAUGGGGAACACAGUUUGUGGUGGUCUUACAGUGAUUUUAUAUUAAGAGUAAUACAUUAUCAGAAGCUAGGGGCAGAAAUGUACAAUAUUGUUAGACAUAAAUCAAGGUCAAAAUUAGUAACAGCCUCAAAUACCAUAAAAUAAUCUUCAUCACUUUUAAAUGUACCAUUCCAAAUUGUAUCAAGCCGCUUCCGUUUGGGUUCUGAGAGAUCAAUAGUUUGUGUAUUUUGACAAACUCAUGCGGACGAUCCUCAGUGCUCCAAAGAAGUGAAUACGAAAACCUUUCAAGAAUUAAGCUGUCAUUGCACAGGUAGCAACCAAUAGGCUUCUUGUCACCUCCACGGCACACUCUGAGAUGCCCCAAUAGGAUCAUCUAGUAGCAUUUCCAAUAUGUAGCUCUCCAAAAUCUUUUAUACUUAGGCACUUCUGUAACAUUUAAGUGGGGAAAAAACCCCUCACGUCUUUAGUCCAACGUUCCAGCAUAAAUGAACACACACAAGCAAUGCUUGAGGAUCUUACAGACCGUUCAAAAAGAUUACUUUUCAAGCGGAACCUUUUUAAAAUUAAUGCAUGGGGGCAGGGGGAAGCAUAGGGCAAUCCUUAGUUUGGUUAUUUUUGCCUGCUGGUUAGUUGGUAAUCAACUGUUCGUCAAUGCUGGGCAGGAUCCCCCCCCCCACACACACACACAAACAUACAACUAGUUUUGUGUGCUCAAGAAGAGGGUCUUGGGUUUCCCCUCAAGUUUCUUAAAUAAAAUUCCUCAUAUCACACAGGAAAGCUUUUGUUAAACUGAGGGAACUUCCAAAGACUGCCCGUGAUAUGGCAUGGGGGAAGAAUUCUGCUUAAAAAAACACCUCCCUCCCGCCCCCCGGUCCCUACCUAAAAUAAUUCUGUGGAUCCCAGCUGUCAUUGGCGAGAAUACUUGGAAACGGCUUAAGGGGUUGCAGCAACUCUCUUAAUAGGAACGAUGUGUGCGUUGUUUUAAGUUGCGCUAAAUAGGAGCUGAGGGUGUCGUUUUUAAGCAAAGAGUUUUUAACUAUGGUGUUAUUUAUGAUGAAGCUUGACUAGGAUAAACAUACGGCCACAGUCCAGCACUGAAACCCUUAAGCCUGUUAAGUGCUUCUUCUGCCUCUAUUAGUUUGUGGCUGAAAUAGAUCAGACAGUGGAGGAUUUCAUUCGGAAAUAAUAUAAAGCAAACUUCAUUUGCCUUUUGUGCCUGCAAAAUCUAUCAAACAAAUGUGGGAAGAACUGAACGUUCUGAGCUGACUCGUGGAUAUAGUGGAAAUUUGAAUGUGUUCAGCUGCAGUGAGAAUCAGCAAUAGAGUGCCAGCUAUGAUUUUCAGCAGACAGCAAACCAGGUCCUGGGAGGUAUUAACAGAAAGGUGUUCAAACUAGCUGCCUCUUAAUAUGAAACUGUUAACCCUAGUCACCUCUGCAUUUCUGAUUUCAUCUCAAAUUAGCUUAUCUUUUAAAAAUAAAUUCCAGCAGUGCAGUGGUUUAGCCCGACAUUGUAUCCAGGCAAAACUAAACAUGUUGACCUCUUGAUAGAACAGAUAGAGUGAAACAACAUGGCUUGGGACGGAGAUUCAUAGAAGUAACCACCUUUCUAACAAAUCUUAUUAAAACGUUAACAGAAUAGCAUGGAGUUUUUCAGUAUAGUAAAUUGUUCAGUAUUUCAUGAAUGGGUGGGAUAUAAGCCUGAUGUUUGAAUUGGCAAAUGGAUAUCUUUCUCGAUUUCUUAGUUCUCCCCGUAAUUAUAAUACCACAAUUCUUUUUUUCAAAAAGGGAUAUUUUCUCCAUGUAACUGUACAUAUAUGUAUUAUUAUAGAACUAUGUAUGUACACACAUAGCAGGCGUACGUAUAUAUGUACACAAUCCUGAAAAGGAAGCUGUGGUUCAUUUUAGCAGAAUUCUUUUAUAAUUAGAACUCUGACUUGGAGGGUACAAAGUCAGUGCAUUACCUUUCAGAGUAGAUGACGAAGAGUCACCUUUUACUGAUUCAGUAUGCGUCCAUAUGAUAACAGUUGUAUAAAUGUAAAUUAGUGUAAGUGGAUAAAUAAUACUUGAUCAAGUUAUUUUUCAAAUUGCAACAUGCAUCCCUUUUGUCUAGAACUAAACCUGUUUAAUUUUGUACAUAUUCUGUGUCUUAUUCUAACUUGCACCUUUUUUGUGAUGUGUAUUUAUAAGUGUGCAGAAACCAUUUUGUGAAGUUUGAAUUCCUGUUGUAGAUUAUGUAUGACAGAAUUGCGUGUAAAGAUUUGAAGAAGGUGCAAUCAAAGAUCUAGUUUUCUCUCUGUAUUAGAACAAGCUUUCCCCAGUAUUUAGCUUGGUUCUUCCCUCCCGCACCCCUUGACCAUUUGCAUGAAAUUGCUGAAGAAAAUAGGCAGUAAAAAUCCAUGAAAAUGCUGCAAUUUAUGAUGCACUCCUGUGCAUAACAUCUCCAUUUCAAUGGGGUGACUGUGGAAUCCCUGCAAAAAAGCCCUAUAGAAAUCAUUCUGCUCCUGGGCCAGGCCCAUUGUCAGUCGAGUGGGGGAGAGUUGCUUGGGGUUAAUUUUCUAGUUCUGGUUUACAUCUAAAAAUAGAAUUAAAUUUAUAUUUACUAGACCUAUUCAAAGAUUACACUUUUCUAUAUUGUAAAAACAAAACUGUCAGAUAAAUCACAAAGAAAAAA